CAACCAGGCAAACAGAAGCCAGAGGGGAGCAGGCCUUCUCCCCAGGAAGGCCACCUCUGUGUUUUCUGGGCUGUUCUGCCUCCCCAUGCAGCACCCCAAAUCCUUUUACACCCCUGCCGCCGCCACGCAGGACAGCUUCAGUCCCCGAGGCCUGGAGGCCGGCGAGGGGCCAGCCGGUCAGCCCCCUGGCCCCUGCAGUGAGCCGCUUGCAUCCAGGGGCUCCUCAAACCUGUACCAUGCCCCAAACCUGGAGAAAGAGGUGUUCCCGGCUCCCCCGGCAGGCUUCCAGAUGGCACCCUGUGGUUGCUUCUUCGACCCCCGCAUCUACCGCAUAGAGUGGGCUGCUACUGACUUUGGCCAGACCACCCUGUACAAGCUGGUGGCUGCGGCUCCCCCAGCAGCAGGGGGCAGCUUCCUCCUGGAACCCCAACACUACCUGAAGACCCCUGCCCCCCAGCCACCACCGCUGCCGUACCCCCAUUACCCGGCCGCACCUGGGGGACCGCAAUAUUUCCUCCCCUAUUACGCACCCCCAGAAGGGCCUGGCUCCGAAACCCUGGGCUUCGUGGGGGAUGCGGGGACCCCUGGCUUCCUGGAACUGCCUCCGCCCCUGCUCAAGGAAGGCCUGGCUGCCCCGCCGCCACCACCACCACCAUCAUCAUCGCCUCCAGACAGCAAGCUACCCCCCCUGGUCAUCACGCUGCCCACCGAGCCCUCGCUGCCCACCAGCGCCUAUGCCCACCUGCAGGGCCGCCUCAGCCAGUUCCAGGGCCCCGAGGUCACCGAGUGCACCGAGCCAGGUUUGCUCUAUGUGUCCAGCUCAGGUGAGCCAAAGACAGCUGAGGCUGCUGUCGCGGCCGGGUCGGGGGAGGCGCAGGCCCCAGAGGCGGCUCGGGCCGUUGUGCUGCCGGACAAGGUACUGCUGGAAGACGCCAUGAAGCUGUUCGACUGCCUGCCUGGCGGCCCUGAGCCUGAGGCGACCCCGUGCCAGGUGCCCGUGCCCAGGCUCGCAGCCCCACGGGAUGGAGACGGUGAUGGCGGCGACACGGGAGGCGACAUCUGCUCGCUGCACCUGCCGGCCGAGCUGCUCUCCUUCGACUACAGCGUGCCCGAGAUCCUGGAAACCGUGUCCAACGUGGACUGCCUGUUCAACUUCAAGGCCCUGGAUGAGGAGCCGCCGCCACCGUUGCCCGGCACGGGGUCCCUCACUGCAGACGCCGCCACCGCUCCCCCCAGCCUGCACCCCGAGCCCCCCAGCAGGAAGAAAGGUGGGGGAACCUCCGCCUCCAAGAAGGGCAAGUCGGGGAGCAGGAGCAAGGCGGCGGGGCCCAGAGUCGACCCUGGAAAUGCCCCCCAUUAAAGUCCAUUUGGCCUUUUCA